GAAGCACCACUUCACCUUCUGAUCUGGCCUGCUUUCUGAAGACUCAACACAUUAGAGAAGCUGGGUGAUGGGAAACGACACACAACUGGCAGAAUUCAUCCUGACGGGCUUCUCAAUGACGAGGGAGUUACAGAAAGUCCUAUUCGCACCAUGUCUAGCACUCUACCUACUGAUGAUCGCUGGGAAUGCUUCUAUUGUGACGAUGAUCAGUUUUGAUUCCCGGCUUCACACCCCCAUGUACUUUUUCCUGUGUAAUUUCUGUGUGGCAGAGAUGCUGGUCACGUCUACAGUGGUCCCCAGAAUGCUGGUGGGCUUAAUGGCUGAAAGGGAUACCAUCCCCUUUGGGGAAUGCUUGGCUCAGUUUUACUUCUACUUUUCCUUGGGGACCACAGUGUUCCUCCUCAUAGCUGUAAUGUCAAUCGACCGCUACGUGGCUAUAUGCCACCCCCUCCGCUACUCAACCAUCCUGACCAACCAUGUCUGCAUCCAAUUGGCUUUUGGCUCAUGGGCAACCUCCUUCUUUUCCAUGAUCCCACCAGCUGCUCUCAGGGCUAGGUUGUCCUUUUGCCGGUCCAACCAGAUUGACCAUUUCUUCUGUGACAAUGCACCUUUGCUCAAGCUUUCCUGUUCAGACACCCGCCUCAUUGAGCUCUGGGAUUUCCUUCUUGCCGUUCUCUUUGACUUAAGCUCUUUCACAGUGACAGUGGCCUCCUACGUUGCCAUCAUCGUCACCAUCAUGAGGAUCCCUUCAGCUACAGGCCGCCAAAAGGCCUUCUCCACCUGUGCCUCACACUUCACUGUGGUCAUCAUUGGGUAUGGCACCACCAUUUUCGUCUACGUGAGGCCCAACAAAAACUACUCCACAGACCUAAACAAAAUGGUAGCUCUGUUGACCUCUAUAGUGACCCCAUUUCUAAAUCCAUUUAUUUUUACCUUGAGAAAUGAGAAAGUCAAAGAGGUCUUUAGAGACUGGUCGGGGCAUCUAAGAAGUCUGUAG